AUCAAUUAAGAUAACGAGGCGACAAGAGACCAUUCGUUAUCAAUAUUAUCAGUGAUUCCCUUCAUUCAUAUUGCCACACCAAUAACAAUACCAGCACGAAAGUAACAAUGCGAAAAGAUUUUGUUGGGACUCACUCGUGAAACAGAUGAUGCGUUUGAGUGUGUAGCGGCGGUUUCUUAGUAGUAGUAAGGCCAUCGACCGUGUUAGCUGUUGCAUUUUGUGUGCCCUUUUCGAAAUGAAGUUUUGUUUGUAUAAAUCAAAGUAGUCCGUGGAAUUAAUAUACCAUUCAAUUAAUUAUAUUUUCCCUUUGUCAUUGAUAAAAAGCUCGUGUUUAUAAAAAGUUUAAUAUGAAUCCCUUUGUUAAUCUUGAAAAAUGUUUACGUUUAUAUUGUUUACUAAUAAAGACAGGAAAAGGAGUAUGCGUAUGCAAAGAUCCGAAAGAAUUAAUUAUCUAAGAGAUUUACGAUACAAUUUUUCGUUAAGUACCGGAAUCUUGAUUUCUUGAUCUAUACAUUUUUCAAUUUAUUGAAAUGUUUUUUAUCUUUGAUAGGUAUAUAAAAGAUGAAUGUUGGAAUUUUUGGCUAUCAAAAUGAUAAGUGGUUACAUACGAAACGCGAUAGUGACUUUUUCUUUGUCGGAAUGAUUCAUCGUAACACGAUCUAGUCGAUCGCGUUCGUUUCUUAUAAUAAGUAUUUAGCAUAGAUCAUUUCUUAUUUAGGUCAAUCGCAAUAACCUUAAGUGUAACAUGGAUUUUAUUAUGAUUACAAUAUUUGAAAUGUUGUAACUUUACUUAACAAUUCGUAAAAGCGAGCGUCCAGCAGAAUAAAAAAAUAUUAUAUCAGAUUAUAUCAGUGCCAACUGGUGUAAGAUAAAAGAACUGAACUAUUAAAAAAACAGAUUGUGAAAGAUACUGGGUGAAAGCGACGACACUUGCGAGUCACUGUUACAUUAAAUAAUACAUAUAUCUUAUCGUGCGUAUCCCAGCUCAUAAUCAUUAAUCUUUAGAAAGAAGGGGUGACUUCGCAAACUCGCCAAUCGCAAGAUCCGUCGCCGCGGAUAUCAAAGGGAGGUAAGCCUGGUAGGAUGGCUGAGGACGAGAGGCAAACUGUUAGAGCGAUUGCGGAAACCUUGCUCAGCGGAUCCAUAAACUCUCAAAGAAGUUCGUACACUCAAGCGAGCGUGACGCGCACCCCGGACAUCAUUAUUAGCGAGGAUCUAAUCGCGGGUGAAAUGCAAAACGGGAGAAUGUCGAACGUCAGGCGUUCAUUUUGUCUUUUCGUCACCUUCGACCUCCUGCUCACAUUUCUCUUGUGGCUCAUUUGCACGAUGACCGCUGGCGAAAGUCUGGAGUCGGCCUUUGUUAAUCAAGUAAUCCAUUAUUACAUCAAGUCCUCGCUGUUUGACAUUGUGAUGGCAGCGGUUUGCAGAUACACGGUGUUGUUGCUCUUCUACGCGUUGCUUCGUUGGAACCACUGGGUGAUCGUAUCUCUAACAACCGCCACCACGUGUUGCUUCCUGAUCGCCAAAGUGUUUCUCUUCGAUUGGUCGAAGUACAAUCAACCGGUGUUCGCAGUCCUCCUCAUCCUCACGUCUUUCGUGUUGCCAUGGAUGGAGGCGUGGUUCUUCGACAUCCGUGUGUUGCCGCAAGAGACGCAGGCUAGAAAUUGGUUCCGAAAUUUCAGUGAGAGGGAACCGCUGCUGCGGCCAAACAACGUGGACACGGCGCAGUACACCGGCAGUGAGCCGACCGGUUACUUCUUCACUCCCAUAGAUUCGCCUGAGCAAUCGGGUUCGGAUAACGACGACGAGGAUGCGAAAAGAGCUGAUGCUUCCAUACGUUAUCCGUCCAUCGAUACUGGCAAGUCGCCGGAAGAUGAUCACACUAAAAUAGACAUUUCCAAAUGUUAUCCGUCCAUCGAUUCUGAUAAGUUGGUAGAAGAAGAUGUGGUGAGACUGUACGGAGUAGUGAGAAAUUGUUUCAGUUUGUUAGCGUCCCAGCAUUGGCACACCGAAAAUGAGAUGACCAACGGUGACGUCAUCUAUUACAUGAACCGUUCUGAGCCGAAAGGGGUGCUACGAAAGAUAGUGGGAGUCGUCAACGCUCCGGCCGAUUUAUUAAUAAAUCUAUUAUUCGAUGAGAUCGAGUCGUCGCCGUCGUGGAAUAAAUUGAUCACGAAGUGCAGCAGGAUACAAAAUAUCGAUAACAACACGGAUGUCGUUCAUCAAAUCACGAGUCCCCAUGGCGGUGGCUUGAUCGGCGCGCGAGAUUUUGUCAUUGUAAGACAUCGUAUGCAUUACGACAAAUACUACAUCAUCACUGGCUCGUCGAUGUCUACACCGAUGUUGCCGAGUCCCAAGAAUGUUGUUCGGGCCGAGAGCAUCGUCAGCUGUUGCGCGACAGAAGCUCUGCGGGACCAGAAGAAAUGCAAGUUCACGUUGAUGAUGCAUACUGACUUGAAGGGUUGGCUACCGCAAGGUCUCGUGGAUAGAUCCACGUCCACCGCGCUAUCGGAAUUCAUCUGCUACGUGAGGGACUAUGUGGAAAAGAGGGUGAACUCGCGGUCCGCGAACGAGAAGUCCUCGCGACGAUCCUCCGCGUCCUCGCGGUCGAAGAAAAUUCGAUCGAAGUGAAUCCUCGUGUGUUCACGCGUCGAUAAAUACUCUUAACCUCAGAAGUCUUCGCAAAUGUUUUUUCUCUGUGCUUUCGUGCAUGCGCAUAUACAGCGACGAACACUGUGUGUAUGUGUGGGGAACAAGUCUGUUUAUGUUCAGACAUCGGAUAGACUAACGGAAAAGAACAGCGAGAAACGUUACUUUGCGUGCUUUCUAUUUCUCUUGUAGAAAUUAUCGAAAUGUGUAUCCACGAUCAACGUUUCCUUUUUUAGAUCGAGGUUGUAUAUUGUACAUGAAAUUGAUACAUUUUUGUUAAUUGUUCAAUAGAGGUGGACAUACACGAACAUUCUUGAACGGUCUAUUUUUUGUUCAUACUCGUCACUCAUUUUUAGGGAAGCUUGUUAUCCUGAUUGAUGCAAUACGAUUUAGCAUUGAAGUUACGUGUCAGCCAUGUUUAAAUAGUCUAUUUUUCGCGGGUCGUGCUGCUGGCAUGGAACCGUUCAACCUUGAAUGUUAAACGACGUCGAACGAAAUGAUUAUUUGUGUUCGUUUAGUUCGGUUACGAUUUUUAAUUAAAUUGCGGUGUAAAUAUGCGAACGUACAGUAUGCCAGUGGAUACAUAACGGGAACCGUUACUUAUCCUAAACGAUUCGCGAGAAUUCAUUACGUGCCCAUGCAUUUAAUCAUGAUUUAUAUAUGAAUGCAAUUGUCUCUCUUAUCCUUCGCUAUAUAAUUUUUAUUGUAAGAUCAUCGAAGUGUGUAAAAAGAUUUUAUUGUAAGAUUUAUAAAAUAAUUGAAGAAAGUGAAUAGACAAUUAUGUAAACAAGUGGAGAAGAUAUUCAUGUUAUUGAACUGGAUAAAUGAAAUUUACUAUAUACAUAUUGUUAGGAAUAAAUAUAUAUAUAUAUACAUACAUAUAUAUGUAUAAGUCAAUAGCAAAUUUUUUCAUUUUUUACUACUGUAUCAAACUCUAUUAAAUUUCUAAAAGUAUGCACUGAAAUGAUUCCUGUUUUCUGUAGUAUUUUAUCUUCUGAUUUCUUAUAGCUGUAUAGAUAAUAUUCUUGGUUCUUUCGAGGAAGUUCAUUUUAUCGAAUAAUGAUUUAUAGAGUUGUGAAAGACUGCAUUUCUAAUAAUACUGAAUACUAGAUAAAAAGACCAAAGAAUGCGCUUAUAGUAUAAUUAUAUUGAAAUGUGUGUAUGAACCAUUUCAGUAUGUUGCAUACCUACAGAUAUUCUACUUUUAAUAGAAUCUGUCAGUACUUAAUCAGUGACUGUAUCCUAUUUAGCAUUGUUAAAUUUUUUAUACUUCUAAUUAAUUCUAAUCAUACUUAAAUAUAAUUAAUCAUUUUUCUUUCUUAUAUUGUAUACCUUUGUAUUUGUAUAUGUAUCAAUGCAUGAUUCGCUAGUCAAACUUUUGUUACGUGUAUCGAUUAGAAAUCAAAUUAAUUAUGCAUUAACCAGAGAUCCAAAUGUGGAUGACUGUUAAUAGCAAUCUAUGAUCUGCCUAAUUCUGUAAGGUUGGCCUAACCAAACGAAAUAAUGCUUGUACGAAUAGACAUCAAUUGUAUAAUAAUAAUAAAA